GUUAAACGAAUCAGUCUGCAGCUGAAUGGGCAUUAAGCCAGUCGUGUACGUUGGAUAAAUUUUGGGAAUGCCACACGGAUAUAAUUGUGCAUAAAUUUCGGUUGCGCGAAGGAUAAUCGCAAUUUGCUGCGAAAUCCUGUUUUUUCAUUCCGUCAAUUAUAUAAUUGAUUAUUGAUUUUCAACAAUUAAAUAAAAGCAAAAUGAGAACUAAUACUGUGAUAUUUACAACACUUUGUCUGCUAAUUGCUACAACUAGCCAAUUAAGCGUUAGCCAGGCAGCAGAAGAACCUCAUUGCAUUUGGUAUGGACAGAGCCACAUGAACGGUAACCACUGGUUAAACAAACCCUCGAAUGCUAAAGCACAACCACUAAAUGAUGAGAGCGCUGAAGCCGUGUUUAAACGUCGUUGUCCAAUGUGGUAUGCUGAAUACAAGGCGGCCAAACCGGAAGGGCCACUCGAGCUGUGCUGCGAUGCUGCUCAAAUUCAUACUAUGGGGGCGAGUAUGGCUCAAGCCGACGGCAUAUUUGCACGCUGUCCUAUUUGUGUCUACAAUAUGGCUACUUCGAUUUGCGGCAUGACAUGCGCUCAUAAUCAGAGUCUUUUCUUGGAGGCCCACAAUAAAGAAGAAAUCAUUAAUAAUGUAGAGUACAAAUAUGUCGCAGCAAUCGAUUUCAGAAUUGACGAUGAUUCAGUGAAAGCCGUGUACGACAGCUGCGCAGGGGUUCAGCACACACAGACGGGUCGUCCGGUUAUGGAUUUGGUGUGUGGCGCUUACAAUGCGAAAACAUGCGAUCAUCGUAAAUGGUACAAUUUCAUGGGUGAUGCCGAGGCCUCCGAGUACGUGCCCUUUCCCAUCAACUACCAGUAUUUGAAUGAGUCCAACAACGAGGUACGCUUAAUGCUGCCAGUGAAGAAUUGUUCCGAGUCCUUGGAGGGAUCAUAUGCUUGCUCGUGUGUCGAUUGCAGUGCUUCGUGUCCGUAUAUGGAACCGCCGACUGGUGAACAGGAAGGCUUUAUGAUUGCCGGACUCUAUGGCAUAACUUUCAUUGUGUCGCUGGUCGUCGGAGGGCUUUUAAUGAUUUUCAUACUUUGCGGUUCACUUAAUAUCUGCAAACCGAAAAUUAGCAUUUCUUCAUGUUGUGCGGGUUUCAGCGGUGUAAACACCCUACUCUCAAAAAUGUUUCGCAGUUGGGGUCACUUUUGUGCUAAUAACCCUGUGUUAGUUUUGGCAAUUUGUUCUUGGAUAAUUGGUGGACUUGCUUAUGGUAUGAACUAUUUGAAUGUGACUACAGACCCCAUUGAACUUUGGGCUGGGGAAGACAGCCAAACGCGUGUGGAAAAAGAAUAUUUUGAUGAACAUUUCGGGCCCUUCUAUCGCACCAAUCAAAUAUUUGCCAAACCAUUGAAUCAAACUACGUUCACACACAAUACCUCGGCGGGGAUAGAGACUUUUGGUCCUGCUUUCGAAAAGGGUUUUCUCACAGAGGUCUUCCGUCUGCAAGAACAAAUCGAAGGAAUAGUUACAGAGAAUGGAGUGACUUUGGCAGAUGUUUGCUAUGCCCCUAUGCUAUAUCCUGGAGAGAAGGUAGCCAUUGAUAAUUGUUUAGUACAAUCAAUCUAUGGAUACUUUCAAAAUAGUAUGGAUGAAUUCGAAAAAGAAUUCGUAGAUAAUAAUGGCUAUAAGAAUACAUACCUCAACCAAUUGGAGGACUGUCUUCGCGUCCCCAUGUUGGAGUCUUGUUACGGCCCUUACGGUGGUCCAAUUGAGCCGGGUAUCUCGGUGGGUGGCAUGCCCAAAGUGUCGGCGGAUGAAGAACCAGACUUUCAACUAGCUACAGGUUUGGUGCUCACUUUUCUUGGCAAAAACAAACGUUAUGCAAGUCAACUCAAACCCAAUAUGGAGUGGGAGGAAGCUUUUAUCAACUUUCUGAAGAAUUAUACAAGUGAUAAAAUGGAAAUUGCAUUCUCCGCCGAGCGAUCCAUACAGGAUGCUAUUGUUGAGCUUUCGGAGGGUGAAGCUUCUACUGUCGUUAUCAGCUAUAUCGUUAUGUUUGUCUAUGUCGCCAUAGCAUUGGGUAAAAUUCGCAGUUGUGUUGGCUUCUUCCGCGAAUCGAAAAUAGUGCUCGCCAUUGCCGGUAUUAUUGUUGUGAUGGCUUCAGUUGUAUGCAGUUUGGGCUUCUGGAGUUAUCUGGACGUAACCACUACCAUGUUGGCAAUUGAGGUGAUACCAUUCCUGGUAUUGGCUGUUGGUGUGGAUAACAUUUUCAUUAUGGUGCACGCCUAUCAUCGUUUGGACAGGAAAGAAUAUAAGAAUGUAGCAGAGGCGAUAGGUGUUGCAAUGGGUCAAGUAGGUCCAUCGAUUCUACAAACCGCCGGCUCGGAGUUUGCUUGCUUCGCCAUAGGCGCCAUUUCAAAUAUGCCUGCUGUGAAGACCUUUGCCAUGUACUCGGCAGCUGCCAUUCUACUGAAUUUCUUCUUCCAAAUCACCGCUUUUGUCGCAUGCAUGGCCUUGGAUGAACGUCGUUCCGAAUCUGGGCGCUUCGAUCUCUUCUGCUGUUUCAAGACUUCAAACAAAGGCGAGCUGAGUGAUGGACAAGAUGUAGGCAUAUUGGAGAAGAUCUGCAGAAGUUUCUACGCACCUUUUUUGCUGUCUAAACCGGUCAAAAUUGUAGUUUUGAUUGUGUUUACGAUAGUCACUUGCUUGUCUCUGAUGGUAGCCCCUUCAAUCGAGCUUGGUUUGGAUCAAGAAAUGUCAAUGCCCACAGAUUCGCACGUUGUUAAAUAUUUCCAAUACAUGAACGAUCUACUGUCAAUGGGUGCGCCUGUUUAUUGGGUCUUAAAGCCUGGUCUGAAUUAUACGUGGCGAGAUCACCAGAAUGUCAUUUGUGGCGGUGUGCAGUGCAAUAAUGACUCCGUAUCGGUGCAGCUUUAUAAGCAGUCACGCUACCCCGAAGUCACUUACCUCGCACGCUCGGCUUCCUCUUGGAUAGAUGAUUAUAUUGAUUGGCUUGGUACUGGUGAUUGCUGCAAGGUCAACGCUACGGAUGGCACCUUCUGUCCGAGCAAUUCAAAUGAAGACGAUUGUGUCGCUUGUACGCGUGAGUUCACUGAGGAUGGAUUACGUCCAACACCAGAAACGUUCAGAAAGUACAUACCUUACUUCUUAUCAGAUCUGCCUGAUAGUGAAUGUGCAAAGGCUGGACGUGCUUCAUAUGCGGAUGCUAUCAUUUACACACUCGACGAAGAAGGCGCUUCGACUAUUUUGGACACUUACUUCAUGCAAUACUCCACCACAUCGACGACAUCCAUACAAUUCUACUCGGCACUACGCGAAGCACGACGUAUUGCAGCCAGUAUCAAUGCAAUGUUCACCGAGAAAGAACUGGAUGUGUCCAUUUUCCCUUACUGCGUUUUCUUUGUAUUCUAUGAACAGUAUCUGACCAUCUGGGAUGAUGCACUAUUCUCGCUCGGCUUAACACUACUGACCAUAUUCCUGGUAACACUGCUCAUCACGGGUUUGGAUCUGCCUUCAGCGCUGAUGGUCACCGUAAUGGUACUAAUCAUCCUAAUCAAUAUGCUCGGCAUGAUGUGGGUCUGGAAUAUUACGCUCAACGCAAUUUCAUUGGUUAAUCUCGUCGUGUGCAUUGGUAUCGGUGUCGAGUUUGUGGCGCAUAUAAUUCGUUCGUAUAAGAAUGGCAGCGGUAGCACGCAAGAACGUGCGAAAGAGGCGCUCAUAGUAACGGGCAGCAGCGUUCUCUCGGGUAUUACGCUCACGAAGUUUGCCGGUAUUAUCGUUUUGGGUUUCUCCAAGUCGCAAGUGUUCCAAGUAUUCUACUUCCGCAUGUAUCUCGGCAUUGUACUGAUUGGUGCUGCGCACGGUCUUAUUCUGCUGCCCGUUAUACUCAGCAUAUUUGGGCCAUCAAGUAAGAAGAGUAACAAAAGUAAUAAUAUAGCUUAAUAAUAUAACGAUAUUCGUAAUCAAAUGUAUAGCUAGACUCAUUUAUUGUAAGACAUAUGUAGCUUAUAAAGAAUAUUAAUUUAAAAAAAUAUAAAAUGAACUCUAAAAGAUCUAAAUUGCAUCAAAAA